AUGUCAGCUGAAGAUAAGCAAUACAUCUCUUACAACAACGUACACCAGUUGUGUCAAGAAUCGGCAGAAAGAGUGAAGAAAUUUAAGCCAGAUAUCAUCAUCGCUAUUGGCGGUGGUGGUUUUAUUCCAGCCAGAAUUCUUCGUACUUUCUUGAAAGAACCUGGUGUUCCAACCAUCAGGAUAUUCGCUAUCAUUCUUUCCUUGUACGAAGAUCUAUACACAGUUGGUUCUGAAGCAGAAAACGUUGGUAUCACUGUUCAAAGAACCCAAUGGAUUGACUACGAACAAUGUAAGUUGGACCUAGUCGGGAAGAACGUUUUGAUCGUCGACGAAGUCGAUGAUACUAGAACUACCCUACACUAUGCUUUGAAUGAAUUGGAAAAGGAUUCUGAACAACAAGCCAAAGCUAAGGGUAUUGAUUUGGAAAAACAGCCUGAAAUGAGAACCAAAUUUGGUAUCUUUGUCUUGCACGAUAAGGUAAAACAAAAGAAGGCAGAUCUACCAGAAGAGAUACUGAAUGAUGACACUCGUUACAUCGCUGGUAGAAGAGUUCCAGAUAAAUGGUUUGCUUAUCCAUGGGAAUCUACUGACAUCGUCUACCAUACAAAAAUGGCUAUGGAGCAAGGUAACGAUGUGUUCUUACCUUAG